CGACAUUCCGUUUCUCCUUCAUUAUAUCUGUCACCAUUCCCUCCGACGGACGGUUUCCCCAGCACCGACGAAACGAUCCACUCGACUCAGGUGUCUGAGCGCUCCCCGAACUGAUCGACACCUUCACCCAACGGCCUCCCUUCGAGAUCGACGGUGCUUGAUCAGCGUUUUCGACUUAUUUUUUGCUUUAUUCAUCCCGAGCCAACUUACACACAUCAUCCAUCAUGGCUCAAUUCGACCCUAACCUUCAUCUUCGCUCGCUCGAGGAGCUGCGCGCUGUUAUCCUCCCUCGUCAGAACGGCUGCCUCAAGUGCGAGGACAAGGCGCCGACAUGCCCGACCAACUGCAAAUCCGACGAGUUCUGCUCAUUCACCAUCCCGACAUGUAAUACCUGUGCCCAGGCCUUCUGCGCCAAGGACGAUAGCUCUUCGUCCGACUCGUCGAGCAAUCAGCCCAAUACAGGCGCCAUCGUUGGAGGUGUCAUUGGCGGUCUCGUCGUCAUCGCCAUCGCCACCUACCUCGUGUGGAGGUUCUUCAUCAAGACCAAGAGACAGUCCGUUAUUCAGGAGUCCUACAUGGAAGAGAACAGCGAGAAGACCAUCGACGAGAAGACGACCGGCCAACCGCGGCAGAGCAACCGUGACUCGACACAUACCGUGCACUCGAUCGCGUCCACCGUGCUCACCCGAGCUUCCAACAUAAUCCAGAUCGCCUACAUCCCCGGCGUCACGAACCGCGCCACGCCCACGUCGCCGACCCUCCUCGUCCCCCCCGUACCCCCUAUCCCGAUGCACGCCUCCAACUCCGCCGCCAACAGCCCGUCCCCGUACGAGGAGCAGCACUUCUUCGUUCCCGGCGAGCUUCGCGAUUCCACCUACUCCGGCAUCUCCGGCUACACCGACCGUUCGUCCGUUGCCAGAACCUCGUACGCCGCUCGCUCUAGUAUUGCACCUAGUAUCGCCUCGACCAUCUACGGCAAGAACGCCGUCGUCGUUGCACCUGCCCAGACCGGCAUGCGUGCCAAGGCUGCCGUAGUGAGCGUCAAGUCUUUGACUGUCGGCACUAGCGGUACCGUGACCCCUCCUGUCCCCAGCGUCGACUACGAGAAGUAUGCCCCCGGUCGGCCCAAGAGCCGUGACAGCACCUUCAGCGUCGGAUCUACCUUCCUCAACAGCGCCAUUACUGCCACCGCAGCCCCUGCCCAAAGAGUGCAGGUUGUUCGCGUCGGCAACGGCAACGGGCCCAAGCAGGUCAGCGUUGGGUCCUCCAAGGCUUCAUCAACAUCAGAGGUGGCCUCUGUACCCGGGACGCCGCCAUCUACCGCACCUACCGCCACUCUUGUUGACUCCGCCGCCUCCACUGUCUGCGAAGAUUCAAUUGUCGAUCAGGGCCCCUUCUCUGAUCCUCCCGAGCCCAGUUCCGCGUCCUCUCGCAACAACCAAAGCUUGAGUGCGGUCAUCGAGGAGGCCACACGGCGAGCCGCAGCGGGACCCGAUAGGCGUUCACAAAGAACGAGCUCCUACGAACGGGGCCGCAGUCCCUUUGGCGAUGAACACGCCACCAAGGACUAGAGAGCAACAAAAAAAAAGCCAAUAAAAUAAAAACAACCCCCGCCCGAACACCACGUGUUGGGCGUUGGCGGCCUUCAUCACGAUUUGCUUACUACUGUUUACCUGCCUAUAUAUCAGGGAUGCCCUCCCAUGUUUCUUUCUCGUAUUUACCUUUUCUAGACGACCCGGUCGGA